AAAUGGCACAAGGCACUCUAAUGGGCAUCCAAUAAGAAGCCAGCCGCAGAUGCGUGACUUCAUUUCAUUAGAAUAUUAAGCCCGUCCUUCCUCACUAUAACUGCCUGUCCAGAGAAGAGCCGAGAGACUUUUAAUUAGCCAGCAUCAGGUUGUGACCAACACGUCGGAGAGAUGACAGGCACCUUGACCAGAAUCUGGGGCGUGGGACUCCUGUCUUCUUUCAUCCUCAUCUCAUACUUUGCCAUGGCAUCUUCAAUGACUCUUGAUUUGACUGAGCUGAGAAAUAAAGGUUUAAAGCUCAAGGUGAAUCCCAGGACCAACCUGUGGGCAACGGGUCACUUCAUGGGAAAGAAAAGUGUUGUGGAUGGUUCUUUUCUGGAGUCGGCUUUUGAAGAUGUAAAUGUUCCUGCUGAAGUCCGACCUGUUAGUCCUCUGCGCACAGUGGAAGACCUGCAGGCGCUGCUCAUUCUGAUGCUUGAAGUCGAUCAACUCGCUCUUAAGAUCCUGGAUCUGAAACGGUUGGAGGAGACCCUGCUUGAGGAGCAUUAACCGGCAUCAGUGCCACAAUAUGAAAUCCUACUGAUGAAGAAGAAGAAGAAACAAGUGCUGAUAUUUUUCUGCGUCGCUUUCUUCUUUGAUCCAUUUAUUUGAACCUCUUAUUAAUGUGUCAUCUGUUAAUAAACUAAUCAUAAAAUCCA